CCGGUCAACAACCAUUCUUUCUCUUCUCCUCAUCCCAAACCCCUCAUUCAUCCAUCUUUAACCUCCUCGAACCACCCACCCGUCACGAUGUCAAAACUCGUGCAAAUCACAUCCAAGGAGCAAUUCAGCUCUCUGCUGAGCUCCUCCACCUUUGUCGUAGCCGACUUCUACGCCGACUGGUGUGGACCAUGCAAGGCCAUCGCACCCGCGUACGAGCAGCUAGCCUUGCAGCUGUCCCGCAAGGACCGUAUCACUUUCACCAAGAUCAACGUCGACCAUCAGCAAGAUAUUGCCAAGGCAUAUGGCGUCACGGCGAUGCCCACCUUCAUUGUCUUCGAACGCGGCCGCCCUACCUCCACCGUCCGCGGCGCAGAUCCAAAGAAGCUCAACGACGUUGUCCGUAAACUCGCUGCGGAGGCCAACAAGGCCGAGCCUUCCUCCGCCGAAGGAUCGGGCAGCAGCAGCAGCAGCGGGGGAUACUGGAUCGGAGGUGCAGUGCCGAAGGGCUAUAGUGACAUCACAGACCAAGCCGACCCGAAAGGACUGGAGCUGUUGAACCGAGCCAGCGAGUUCGGUACGGCCAGGACGCUCUUCGAUGGUCCGAAGCCCUCCGCUUUGAACAGCAAGGGCAAGCAGGCGGGAAGCCCGGACUGGGUGGAGAGUGACACCGAUGAGCAGCUGAUGCUGUUCGUGCCCUUUCAGUCAACUGUCAAGGUGCACUCGCUACAGAUCACAUCCUUCCCACCUACUGACGACGAUGAACGCGACGAGGACGAACGCCCGAUGCGCCCCAAGACGAUCAAGCUGUAUACGAAUCGCUCACAUGUAUUGGGCUUCGACGAGGCGGAUGAUAUCGACCCGGUACAGGCAAUCGAGAUCCAGCCACAGAGCUGGGACUCCAAAACCGGAACCGCUGAGGUGGAUCUGCGAUUCGUCAAGUUCCAGAAUGUGACCUCGUUGGUGAUUUUCUUUGUGGAUGGCGAAGGGGAUAGUGAGAAGUUGCGCGUGGACAGGAUCCGCAUCUUCGGCGAAGCCGGUGAGAAGAGGGAGAUGGGCAAGUUGGAGAAAAUCGGCGACGAGCCUGGAGAGUAAGCAGCGAUGCAGGCGAGGUGUGGUGUACCAAUGUACUUUGCACUAGGCAUGUUCUGAGGAGUUGGGCGCAGUGUUUACGCUGGCGGCUUUAGUGAGUGCAUGCAGAUAGAGCUUGCAUGAAGUCAGAAGACGGCAACAUCACACCAUAUCUCCAAGUAGAGAUGGCAG